AAUAGAAUCAGUUUAUUGAACUAAUUGUUUCAGAUAAUAUGUUUGUACUUGCUGUACUGACUGUACUAUCUGUACAGGGUGUAUUCUCUGAAGAAUGCUCCUUUACCAGAGAUUGUAGUUCAAAGGCCGAGUGUUUAGAUAUUCAGGAUGCAAGCUGUGUCUGUAGAUUUGGUUCAUGUAUAACAGCUGGCAAUCCAUUCUUUAGAGAUACUCAAUGCAACAACUACGAGGAUUGCGAGUGCAAAGAAACUCCUGAGACUUGUUUCUGCCGUGAUGGAACCUGUAUCUCAGAUCCGGAGGAUAAGUGGGAGUGCCACAAUAGCACUGAUUGCACUGGACUGGGUAAGUGUGCAGACAAGGAGUGCUCAUGUUCAGAUAACCUAUGUGAGUUUCAAUGUUCCACCCCUGAGGAUUGUGUUAAGGAUGAAAACUUUUGCUCCACCACAGAGGGAUAUACAUGUGGGUGUGAAAACAGUCUCUGCGUCUUAGAGAAGCUUCCUUCAGAGUGUGAGGAACUAUCUGACUGCGUUAAUCUCGGUAAAUGUGAGGCAGACAAGCCCUGUGCCUGCACUAACAACCAGUGCCUUGACCCCUGGUACUUCAAGGCUGAAUGGAGGGAGGAACACCCAACCAAGAAUUGCAGAGAUCAAACUGAUUGCAACUACGCCAUCAUGAACUGCCAGCUUGACCAGUGUACAUGUGAGAAUAUAGAAGAAGUCACUGAGUACGAAUCCUGGGGCGAGUGUACACCUAAUGUUGUGGAAACCUCCACUGAUCAAGCUUAAACACUGAUUUUAUUUUUGCAGAUUGCAAAAGUUUUUUUAUAUAUUUUAACCAAUGACAUGCAUAUUAUUUUGACUGUAU